AACCUUAAAUGUCAAUACGUCAUUGUCAGUCAAACUUGCAAUUUCUAUGAUGUAUAUAAUUGAUUAAUUUUUUUUUCUUUCUUUAAAUUAAUAAGAUGUUCCUGUCCUAAAUUAGGAAGUAAUAAAAAUAUUUUAUUACUUAAAACACAUCUACAAUUUAAUAAGAAUAAUUCAAAAUGUAAAUGCAAUAUUUCUACCUUAAUCUUAUCUGAUCGAUUAGAUCAGCCUUUGUAUUGUUUUUGGAGUAAUUAUAUAUUGAUAGUGAUGAUUUAAACAAAUCGUACAUGCGAAAUGUCUACCCUGAUUUGUAAUGGUGUAGCUGAAACAUAUCCACUUCAUGAAUGCGUUUUCAUUGGAGAUGUUCGAAAGCUCUCUUCGUUACUGAGAUUUAACGAUGUGACGCGAAAAGAUAAACAUGGGAAUACUGCUUUACAUCUAGCAGUAAUGCUAGGUCGCAAAGAUUGUGUACAACUGUUGUUGGCUCAUGGCGCGCCCGUUAAAGUGAAAAAUCUUGCUGGUUGGUCACCACUUGCAGAAGCAACUAGCUAUGGGGAUCGUCAAACGAUUUCGUCUCUCGUUCGUAAACUUAAGCAACAAGCACGAGAACAGAUGGAGUGUAGAAGACCAGAUCUCAUCAGAGCUUUGUCUCAGAUACAGAACUUUUAUAUGGAAUUGAAGUGGGACUUUCAUUCUUGGGUGCCAUUGGUGUCCAGAAUAUUACCCUCGGAUGUGUGUAAGAUUUAUAAAUCUGGAUCAGGAAUCAGAUUGGAUACAACCUUGGUGGAUUUUACAGACAUGAAGUGGGAGAGGGGUGACAUAUCUUUUAUUUUCCAAGGAGAAAAACCACCAAGCGAAUCACUAACAGUGCUUGAUAACAAAGUCAAAGUAUUUCAAAAAGUUCGUUAUGAAGAAACUGAAAAUGAGAUUGAAGAUGAGGUGGACAUAAUAAUGUCAAGUGAUAUUUUAGCUGCACAAAUGUCCACUAAAGGUAUUUCAUUUGCAAGAGCUCAGUCAGGCUGGAUUUUCCGUGAAGACCGUAAAGAGACUGUGGCUGGUCUAUAUAAGAGUGAUAUUUAUACAAUUACAGGUCUUGUAUUGGAGUCACGGAAAAGGAGAGAACAUUUGUCUACUGAUGACUUGCAAAAGAAUAAAGCUAUCAUAGAGAGUUUGACUAAAGGUAAUACCCAACAUUUAGAUACAAAUGGAGAACCUGUAAGGCGAGCUUCUUUGAACCCUCCUCCUGAGAGUGGCAUUGAUUGGGAAACAUACAUAUCAUCACCUGUCGGUCAAUAUCCUAGCUUGGGGAGGGAACUUGUGUACAAGGAAUCAUCUAGAAAUUUUCGAGCUACUAUAGCCAUGAGUGAUGAUUUCCCUUUGAGUGUAGAUAUGCUUCUGAAUGUACUUGAAGUGAUUGCUCCCUUUAAACACUUUGCCAAAUUACGACAAUUUGUUGCUAUGAAAUUACCAAAAGGAUUUCCAGUAAAAAUAGACAUCCCAAUUCUUCCAACUGUUACUGCAAAGAUAACAUUUCAAAAAUUUGAUUUUCGUGAUGAUAUACCUGAUGAUUUGUUUAUUAUACCAGAAGACUAUGUUGAAGAUCCGUUACGUUUUCCUGAUUUAUGACGCUUUGAUAUUCUAACACUGUUUCAAAUUAGUGAAAGACCGAUAUGGAAACGUGAAGUUAAGUGUGGUCGGGUACGGCGCACCCUUAGUGAUAAGCACUACAACAGGUCUACACAUGGCCUUCUCACUAUUGAGAUUCCAAUGUUAUUUGGCCUUGGUAGUUCUUAUUCCAGCCAUUACAUUCUCUUUGUUGAGUAGAGAAAAAUAAUAUUGAUUUGUAAAUUUUGUGGUGAAUUGUCAUGUAUUUAUGUUAAAUAAAUGUUUUUAUCUUCAUUUAUAGAUCCAUUUUUUAAUUUUUUGUAAGUAAUAAUAUUACAAGUUUUCAAUAUUAUUAGAUAAUCUUAUUAUGGAUGAUUAGAAAUUAUUUAUUUCAAUUAAUUGAUUUAAUAAUUUUAAUGUGUUAUUAAAUAUUUAUUACAUUAUAUAUACUUUAGUUUAGGCCAUACAGUCUUGUAAACUUUUAUUUAUACAAAUUAGACAAUUUUAGAAUAAGAUGUUACCCCAAUACAAGAUGGCCUGAAUCUAACACACUUAACAAACACUAGGCCUAUUUUAAAUUAUAAUGAGGUGUAUUUAUCAUGUUCACUUUCAAUGGUGCAACACACAUUGCAGUCACAAUAAUUUAUUUCCGGAACUUGUUACUUCAAUUACUUUUUGUAUAAAAAAAUUAUAAAUAGAUUGUUAAUAUUUUUAAAUAAUAAAAUUUGUUUUAUACAGAAUGUUUACUUAAACUAUGCUAUAUUUUAAAGUAUUGUCACUGCGGCGCCCUCUAAAUAUAAAACAUACACCUCAUUUUAAAAGUUCCUGCAAUAUGCUUGUAGAUCAUGAAUUUCACUUAAUAUUCUCUUAUUUCAAAUGACAAUGUUUUAUUCGUAGAUCAUUAGAUAAUAUAAUUAGUAGUGAAUGGAAUUUAAUAUGAUGUAUUUGUCAGUGUUAGAAAUUUACUUCUAUGUACCACUCGGAUCAGUGAUAUCACUGAUACCAGCCCAAUCAUUUCAAAGUCCUUGUGCCUUCUGGAUUUCUUAUUUGUAGUGUGGUGUUGUAAAGAAUGUUGCUAAUCAUUUAAAAACAAAAAAGACCUUUAGAAGUUAUUUAUAAAUGUUUAAUAUAAUGUCAUAUCCAAAUUAGCACAUUACUAUAAAGUAGAAAAUGACUCACAUAGUAAAUGUACCUGUGUAACUAAUAUCAAUUUUGUGAAUAUAUUAAUGUAUAAAAAUGCAUUGUAGCUAUUUGACAAUAAUGUACGAAUCCCACCUAAUACGCCGUUUAAAAAUAUAUUUUUCUUGCCCAUAGUUUACUACUAUCUUUAUUUUGAAAGAUUUUAUAUAUAUAUAUGUAUAUGUGCUGAAAAUUCAAUGGUAUUAAGAAUUUUGAAAUGUUGCAAUAAAUCUUAAAAACAAUA